AUGUUGACGCCAAACGAAGAGAUUUUGGUAUCGUCCUUCGACAACACGUCUAUAGCGUCAUGGUCUAGUUACUACUCGCAUAAGCGGAACCUCGCAGGGGAGAGUGAGACGGUUCCACGAUGGACUGUUGCGCGAUGGGCUGAACAUGACUUCAAAACAAGACUAGACAGCUAUCACGUUUACCUUGACUACCCAGUCCAUCGUGCUUUGUCACUUGACUAUGGCAACGGUAGCACAUACCACGCAACACUCGAGGAAGAAGUACUUGAUGAAGAUGAGCCCACAGGCGAUGCGAACAGAGUUCCUGCGUUUCAUGGGUAUUCCGGCUCAGGUAACGUAUCCGCUGAGUACGUCUACGUCGGUCGAGCUUCUCAAGAAGACUUCAAACGUCUUCUUGUCCUAAACAUCACGCUUCAAGGCAAAAUCGCCCUCGCGAAAUACGGCGGCCCCUUCCGCGGCCUCAAAGUGAAGAACGCACAAGCCUUUGGUAUGAUCGGUGCUGUAAUCUUCACAGACCCCGGGGACGACAGAAACAUGACAGCCAAGAACUACGCCACGUAUCCGGAAGGACCGGCAAGAAAUCCAACGAGCAUUCAAAAAGGUAGUGUCAUGGAUUUGAGCACGUAUCCCGGAGAUCCGACAACACCUGGAUACCCAUCUAAAGAGGGCGUAGAGAGGAAGGAAAAGAAGACUGUGCCUGCAAUCCCGAGUUUGCCGAUUUCGUGGAUUGAAGCGAAACCAUUGUUGGUCGCGCUGAAUGGUCAUGGUGUUGAUGCGAAGACUACGGAUCGUCCGAAUUGGGUGGGUGGAAUCGAUGGGGUUGAGUACAGUUCCGGGCCGUCAGAAGCUGUGCUAUCGAUGAGCAAUAUAAUGAGGGGCGAGAUCAAUUGGAUCCACAACGCGAUUGGCAUUAUCAACGGUACGAACGAGGAUGAGGUUGUUAUCGUGGGGAAUCAUCAUGAUUCUUGGAUGAUCGGUGGAGCAGCGGAUCCGCAUUCGGGCUCUGCGAUUCUCAUUGAGUUGGCUAAAGCAAUCGGUGCUCUGGUGAAGACGGGAUGGAAGCCAAAGCGAACCAUCGUGCUAUGCAGCUGGGAUGCUGAGGAAUACGGUCUAGUCGGAAGCACCGAAUGGGUCGAAGAAUACCUACCAUGGCUGAGAUCCUCCGCAGUAUCCUACCUGAACAUCGAUGUUGGCAUAGCAGGCACCAUCCCAGAUUUCGGUGCCACCCCAGAUCUCCACGCCCUCACCACGUCCAUAGCGCGAAAGGUCAUCUGGCCGCAUGGCUCAAAUCGCACCCUAUAUGACGAAUGGGAAGAAAUGACCGGCGAGAUCGAUACUCUAGGUGCACGGAGUGACUACACGGCUUUCUUUCAUGGCGUGGGCAUCUCCGCUAUUGAUAUGGGCACGACAAGAGCGCCACUCGACCCGAUUUAUCAUACGCAUUCGAACUUCGAUUCCUACCACUGGAUGACUAAAUUUGCGGAUCCGGGGUUCGUGAUGCACAAGGCAAUCGGUCAGUUCUUGACAUUGAUGUUGUAUCGAUUGGUCGACGAAGAAGUUGUACCGCUUGAACCGGCAAAUUACGGAGUGGAAAUGCGAGCGUGGCUCGAGGACUUGAAGGGCGUCAUUGAGGCUGCAAAUGCGACAACCGCAGUAGUGAUUGGAGAGCUUGAGAAUGCAGUUGCGACAUUUGAGGAUUCGGCACAGCAGUUCAAUGCUGCUCGAGACAUGGCCGUGAGUUCAAACAGUUCGCUUCUCAUCAGACAGGUCAACCACAAGGCGCGCGAUGUUGGGCGCGGCUUCGUCAGCCAGGGUGGGCUUCCGGGCAGAGAGUUCUAUAGACAUCUUGUCUUUGCUCCUGGGGUCGAUACUGGUUAUGCGCCUGUUACAUAUCCUGGAGUGACAGAGGCUGUUGCUGCGGGCAAUCUUACUCUGGCAGGGGAGUUUGUCGGGAGGACGGCAAAGGCGAUCUUGGCUGCAGCAGCUAUUCUCACACCGUAG